UUGUAAAGAGUAGUGUCGAAGUUUCAGAGAAACCAUGAAGAAUUUCAAGGCUUUCAAUUUGCUAGGGCUUCUGUUUGCCCUUUUUCUCAUCUCUUCCACUGUCACAGCUGAUGAGAAAUCCAAAGAGGAGAAUAAAGCUGUAGUGGAUGGGGCAACAAAGGAGACGAAUCCGGUGCCAGUUGAUGACGUAAAACAAGGUCGAGGGGGAGGAUAUUGCGGGCGCUGCUGCUGGAAACAUGGCUACCAUUAUUGUGGUAGUCAGUGUUGUUGGCCUGAGAAAGAAGAAACAGAAGCUGUAGUCGAGGCCGCCGCUGAUGCCAACCCUGAUGGAUAUGGCUGGGGAGGCGGACGAGGUGGCAGUGGCUGGGGAGGCGGAAGAGGUGGCGGUGGCUGGGGAGGUGGAAGAGGUGGCGGUGGCGGACGAGGAGGAGGUGGUGGCUGGGGAGGAGGAGGCGGACGAGGCGGAGGUGGUUGGGGAGGGGGUAACUGAUCGAAGCCAGAGUAGUAGGCUUUUGGAAAAACUAUGUACAUAAAUAAUAUGUUCGAUCAUAAAGUAUGUAUGGUAGAGACUAAAAGAAAGUUUGUACGUAAUUAAGAGAAAAAUAUGAGUCAGCUCCGUGACAAGCAUGCAAGAGAGCAUGAAGGUCGGGUUAAAUAUCACCUGAAAUAAUUUGACCCUAGUCUAGCUAGCGUGCUCCAAUCGACAGACCCUUGUCGUCCGUGAAAUAUGUAAGAUCCUUUAUGUGUAGCAGCACUAUCUACACUUUGGAAGCAUGAUACGUACUUGCAAUGUUAAUGUAUGAAGCAUAUCCUAUAAAGGCUAUAAUCUGGUCCUUCGAUGUCUUACAUUUAAGAACUUAAUUUU